AUGAAGCAAUCAAAUAAAUUAGAAACGUAUGGAAAUGAAGUCACCAUGAACAUGAACAAUAUUCUGUAUCAGAAUAUUCAGGCAUCUCCUUACUUUAAGCAGUUGUACGAGAAGAAGACGUACCACGAGGUUAUUGAUGAGAUUUACAAUCAUGUCGAGUCUCUCGGUAAAUUCUUUUCACAUAAGGAUUUGGAGGUUUUUGCAACAAAAAAUUUGCUUUUACUUGUCGUGGAUGUACUAUGGACAUUGAGACUGUCUGUUAAACAAGUUAAAGGCCUGAUCGAUCACACAGACUCUCCUCACAUAAGAGCCUUGGGGUUUCUAUAUCUUCGAUAUGUUUGCAAACCGGCAGAUCUCUGGGAGUGGUUUGAGCCAUAUUUGGAUGAUGAAGAAGAGAUUCAAAUACAAGGCGGAUCUAGGCCAGUCAUCAUAACUAUGGGAAAGGUGGCCCGUCAGUUAUUAUUAGAGAAUAAAUGGCUUGGAACCAUACUACCUCGCAUUCCAGUUCCCAUUGCUCGUGAAAUCGAGCAGAAGAUCAAGGAACAGACUAAACCUCUGCCAACUCCUCAAGGAAUCAUUGGUGCGGAUUCGAAUGUGCGCUUCCGCUCGGUAUCAUCAUCUUCAGUACGUCGGCGGUUUGGAGAUAAUAAGAGAUUGAAUGAGAAAAUUGGUGUUGAGAAUCGUAUUAAUGGUGCUGUUGCUUACAGUGUGAAAUUCCGUUUACAGAUACGUAAACCAUGUUGCGUGUAG